AUGGGGGAUGCGGUUGAUGAGAUUCUUAACAAGAGACGUCGAGACGAUUUUGAACGAAAAGCACGCCGUGGUGAAUUAGAUCCACGACUCGAGUAUACUUUUCAAUUUUUAAUUGGAUCCACGGGCCUACCAAGAAAUGAUAUUAUGGAUUUUGUAUUUAAUGGAAAUAUGCUGGAUCCAAUCAAUGAACUUUUUAUGUCCAAUAAACGAAGGCGUUUAAUGUGGUUUUAUCAAGAAGUUCCUGAAGAAGAGGUAGAAGAACCGCCAGAGGAUGAAAUGGAAGAAGAAGAAGAAGCUGGCGUACAAGCAGGUCCAUCAGCAGUAGAACCUGUACCUUCAACAUCAGCUGCACCCCAACCGGGAGUUGAAGACUCUACAGUUUCAGACCCGCCUGAAGAAGAAAAAUCAAAGAAACAAUUAUUCUUGACAGAUGGUCGAGAUGUAUGUCUAACUGGUCUUUGCCUGUAUAUGUUUCGUAUAAGUACAGUUAAACAAUUGCCGAGCGAAGAAGGUUUUCACAAAGAUUUGUACUGUGGUGUUUUGAAUGCGGAGAAAAUUGGUAUAGUUACAUCUGUUGAACGUGUUAUGGAAUAUGUAUUUAUGAGAGCGUUAGCAUAUCCACCAACAAAUGUAGAAGAUGAUGAUGGCGCAUAUCCAAUUAUUAAAAGUACACUGUUACCAGUAUUACGGUCAUUUUGUAGCGCCUUAAGAGUUUGUGAAGUUGGUUGUCAGGAUGAGAAUGGUUUAGAAAUUGACGAACUAGUUUUAUCAAAUUUAGAUGGUGAUCAAUUACGUGAAGCCGCAUUCACACCACAAAUCAUUAGACGCUUAGAGAAACGUGUAAUGCGUUGGUCAAAACAAGUAUCAGAUUUAUUACUGGAAAGUGAUCAAUUACGACACGAAUUCAAUACAUCUGGACCGCAAGAUGAACUUGAAUAUUGGAAAAAACGUGCAGCACAAUUUACACAGCUUUGCAAACAAUUACAGCAUUCAGAGAUACAACGUAGUUUAUUAUGUUUACAUGUGUCACGUUCACGGGCCUUUAAAUUUUGGAAAAAUUCUAUUGAUAAAAAAAUCACAAUAUGUUAUAAUGAAGCGAAAGAUAAUGCGAAAUAUAUUGAAGCUAUGGAGAAAUGUGUUCAUACUUUAUAUUUGGAUGAACCAAACAAAAUGCAAGAAUCAAUUUUGGGUAUGAUUCAAACUGUAAGACUCAUAUAUAACGUGUCCCAGUUUUAUAACACUUCUGAAAGGAUAUCAUCUUUAAUGAUCAAAAUAACAAAUCAAAUGAUCGAUACGUGUAGACAAUAUAUUACAUCCACCGGGAAGUAUACAAUUUGGAAUCAAGACCAGGAUGAAAUCAUUGAGAAAAUGUUUCAAUGUAUCAAUUUAAACGAUGUCUAUCGACGCACAUAUUACACUGUAAGAUCUCAACCAUUUAUACCUGGAACAAAACCACUAUAUUUCUCCGAAAAUUACGUUUUCGGAAAGUUUGAUCAAUUUUCUAAUCGUCUAUCAAAAAUUAUCGCAACCUAUAAAUUCAUUGACGAUUACACACAACUGUUUGGAAGACGUGUUUCUGGAUUAAUGUUAUGGGAAAAUUUGGAAGAUGCUAUGGAAUUUUUUGAGAAUACGAAAAAAUUCAUUCAAACUAAACAGUAUGAUUACUUAUAUCAACGUAAUUUUCAAUUCGAUAAAGAUUUUACCACGUUUCGAAAACGUAUUAAUGAACUAAGAGAUCAAGUUUGUACAGCAGUUGAACAAAAUUACAUUUUGGUCUGGAAUACACCACAGGGUCUGUCGUUUUUACCUCGUUUCGAACGUGUUAAGGCAAAAGUACCAUCGAUUGAUAUGGACGAUAAAUAUGAUCGUGUUUUAAGAUACUGCGAUUAUCAAACUGAACGUGUUCUACAAGUAUUUCAAAGGCAACGUGACAAUCCUCCAGUUGCCAGAAAUUUUACACUAAUAGCAAAUCGUAUUCGUUGGUCUCGCACUUUACAUUUACAUUUGAAGGAAUUUAUGGAUGGUAUCAAAGCACAUUCAGUUUUAAGCACAAAACCUGUCACCAGUGAUAUGCUAAAACGAUAUGAUGCGGUAACGGACCAGCUAAAGUCUUACGAAAAUGAAAUGUUAGCUAUUUGGAUGGAUCAAAAUAUAAGUCAAGCGGAUAUUUGGUUAACUCAGCCAUUAUUAAAAUUGGAUAAGGAAGCUGGUUGUAUUAGAGUGAAUUAUUGUCUGGGCAUUUCGUUGCUUAUACGCGAAGCAGAUUGUUUAGCCAAGUUGGAUUUGCCUUUGCCAAUUGUGGCAAGUACGUUGUUAACAAAACGGGCUCAUUUUGAUAGAAUUAAUGAUAAUUUACAUCAUAUGAUAGAUAGAUUUUUAACGGUUGUAAAAUCAGUAAAAUUAGAAGUUCGUUCAUUAUUUUUACCACAUUUACUACGUUUGUCCUCAAUGUUAACACCUGGAUUUCAAUCAUUAAAUUGGGCUGGAAAAAAAUGGGAGUCGUUUGUUCAGAAAAUUUUUGCAGCUAUCAAUCAAUUUGAAAUAUUGAUGAUACGUGUCCAUGAUAUUUAUUCAAAUAGAAUCCUCGAAGUAUUAGCUUCAAUGCAAACAGUAACAAUACAUGCACUUCCUGAAAUCGGAGAACAAUGGACCAUAGAACAGUUUAUGGAAAAAUCUGAACUUGUAAGUCAUGCGUCGGCUACCAUCUUACAUAAUAAAAGUUUUUUAAUUGAAGACGCAGUCGAAGAAAUCCUGUAUUUAGUCAAAGAUGCUACGAAAUAUUUCCAAACAGAUGAGCCCUCAGAAAUUGAUUCAUUAUUGCAAGAAGAUACUUCCAAUUCAGAUACUAUAGACAGUGAAAAUUUAGAUUGGACUCAAGUUGAUGAAUGUUUCGAGCAACCUCACAUAUUAGUCCCGGGAGGUACAGGACCUCCCAAAGCAACUCGCGAUUUAGUUCAAUGCGCACCAAAUGAGAUGCGUCGCUUUUAUACACGUAAAGUGAUUGAUGUUAUAAUUAAAGUCACAAAGCAUUCAUUGGAGAUAAUACGUAAAAAAUUCUUAACCCCUGAAUUAUUGAAUCUGUUUAAUGAACCUUUAUUUAUAGUGCAAGCGGUUUUAGAUAUACCAAAUAUAUGUUUGAAACCAAAAUUGGAUGAAGUGCAAGAAGCGUUAGUGAUUGGUGCUAAUCAUAUUACAGGAGUUGCUCGGGGUGUUGGCCAAUGGACUGGACCUAGGCAAGUCAAACAGGCAAGCAGAAAAGUGAGCACCGUUUACCAUCGUCAAUCAAUUUUCUCAGUAGUGAAUCAACAAAUUGGACACGAAAAAGGAGUACGUGAAUUUCGUAAAAAAUUUUACCGUAUGGUUGACGAUAGGCGACCAGAGUUUCCAAUACAGCAGCGAAAUUUUUACACACAAAUUAUGGAAAAUAAGGAAGUAUCGAAAUCUGUUGCUUUAAUUGCAACAUGUACGGAUAACAUCAAGAAGGAAGUGGAUGAUUAUAUGAAACGUUUCAAACCAUUUACAUUUUUAUGGCGUAACGAAAAGAGUAAACGUGAAAUGUUGGCAGCAACUUUGGCAGAUUUUGAUCGUUGGUUACGUCGACAUAGUGAACUUGAAGAACGUUUAGAAAAUGAAUCAUUAACAAAAUCAUUUUAUAAUAGUUUGAAAAUAUCUAUUGAACAAUUAAAAAGUACGUUAUUAAUUGAAAUUAGAAAAUCAACACUAAGGAUCGGCUUAGUAAUGAAAAAAAAAUACCAUCGAGAAAUGAAUUAUCUAUAUGCGGUUAUGAGCGAAUUGGAACGUAAUUUAUUACGACAACCUAAAGAUUUGGAUGAGACACGUUUAGUUUUGCUUGCUAUAGGUAAAAUACGACAACAAGAAGUUGAUAUGGAAUUACGUAUAGAUCCAAUUGAGGAAGCGUUUGCAAUAUUGAUCAAACAUGAAAUAGAAAUUGAACCGGAACUUCUGGAACAAAUUAAUAGUUUACGUCCAUCGUGGCAUGAAUUAGCAGAGAAGGCAAUAUCCUUCCACUUUAGACUGCUAUUAGAUCAACCAGAUUUGCAACAAGAAUUAAAAGAAAAUAUGGAAGUAUUUGUUGUUGAUAAGGACAAAUUCUGUUUUGAUUAUGAAACAACCGGACCAAUGAUACCUGGUUUAGAACCAAGAGAGGCCUCUAAUCGCUUAAAAUUAUUUCAAAAUCGCUUUGAUGUUUUGUGGAGAACAAUGAACACAUAUCAAAGAGGUGAAGAUUUAUUCGGCGUAAAAAUAACCGAAUAUCCUGAUCUACAAGAAAUCCGUAAAGAAUUGAAUUUAUUACAAAAGUUAUAUCAAUUAUACAAUGAUGUAAUCGAUAGUACGAAUAGCUAUUACGAGAUAUCAUGGUGUGAGAUAAGUAUUGAAAAAAUUAAUGAUGAACUGAUGGAUUUCCAAACACGAUGCCGCAAAUUACCAAAAGCAUUAAAAGAAUGGCCAGCGUUCUUUGCGUUAAAGAAGACUGUGGAUGAUUUUAAUGAUAUGUGCCCGUUAUUAGAGCUAAUGUCAAAUAAGGCAAUGAAACCACGUCAUUGGGAUCGUAUUAUGGAUGUGUGCAAACGAGAAUUUGAUUUAGAGAAUCCAGAAUUUCGUUUGAAGCAUUUGUUAGAGGCACCGUUAUUUACCCCAAAAAAUAAAGAAGCUAUUGAAGAUAUUUGUAUUGGUGCUCAAAAAGAGAAGGAUAUCGAAGGAAAAUUACGACAAGUGACCCUUGAAUGGAAUAAUCAAGAAUUACAAUUUUUGAACUUUAAUAAUCGCGGAGAAUUACUGCUACGUGGUGAUACAACCGCUGAUAGUAUCAGCUUACUGGAUGAUUGUUUGAUGAUAUUGAGUGCAUUGGUCUCAAAUCGUUAUAAUCCACCAUUUAUUAAACAAAUUAAUUAUUGGGUUUACGCUUUAUCGAAUACAAAUGAAAUUUUGGAACGAUGGCUACUUGUACAAAAUAUGUGGGUUUAUUUAGAAGCGGUCUUUGUUGGUGGAGAUAUUUCGAAACAAUUACCAGAUGAGGCAAAACGUUUUGCAAAAAUUGAUAAAGCAUGGCAAAAAAUUAUGCAAAAAGCACAUGAUACUUCGAAUGUUAUAUCAUGUUGUGUGGGAGAUGAAUCCUUAAAAACAUUGUUGCCACAUUUAUAUGGGCAAUUGGAAUUGUGUCAAAAAUCAUUAAGCGGAUAUUUAGAAAUGAAACGGACAACAUUUCCACGAUUCUUUUUUGUAUCAGACCCAGCUUUAUUAGAAAUUCUUGGCCAAGCAUCUGAUCCUCAUACAAUAGACAAUCAUUUGCUAUCAAUGUUUGAUAAUAUGCGUAGAGUGAAGUUCCAUGAAAAGGAAUACAACAAAAUGAUAGCGUUCAUGUCAAGCGAAGGUGAAACAAUACCUUUAGAACGUUCAGUACGAGCUGAAGGUUCCGUAGAAUCAUGGUUAAUGGCACUGUUAGUUGCCGCUCAAGCAUCUUUGCAUGCAAUUAUUCGAACAGCAUAUACAAUGAUACAGGAUCCAGGUUUCAAUCUGCUAACAUUUCUGGAAAAAAUGCCAGCGCAAGUUGGUUUACUUGGUAUACAAAUGAUAUGGACACGUGAUGGUGAAUCAGCAUUAUCGAAAGCACGUAAUGAUCCUGAAAUAAUGGGAGAUAAUAAUAAUAAAUGUUUAAAAAUGUUGAAUACGUUGAUUGAUCAAACUACACGUGAUUUGACUAAAAUUGAGCGUACACAAUUUGAAACGUUAAUUACAAUUCACGUACAUCAACGUGAUAUAUUUGAUAUUUUGUGUCGAAUGAAUAUUCGAUCAGCCAACGAUUUUGAAUGGUUAAAGCAAGGUCGUUUCUACUUUAAAGAAGAUAUUGAUAAAACUUGGAUAUGCAUAACUGAUGUGACCUUCGUUUAUCAAAACGAAUAUUUAGGAGUAACAGAUCGCUUAGUAAUCACACCAUUAACAGAUCGAUGUUACAUAACAUUAGCUCAAGCGUUGGAUAUGAGCAUGGGUGGAGCACCAUGUGGCCCGGCUGGAACGGGUAAAACUGAAACAGUUAAAGAUAUGGGCAAAACUUUAGCAAAAUACGUUGUGGUAUUUAAUUGUUCUGAUCAAAUGGACUAUCGAGGUUUGGGACGAAUUUAUAAAGGUCUUGCUCAAUCUGGUGCCUGGGGAUGUUUUGAUGAAUUCAAUCGUAUUGAAUUACCGGUUUUAUCUGUGGCAGCACAGCAAGUCGCUGUCGUUUUGGCAGCGAAAAAAGACAAACGUUCAAAAUUCCAGUUUACUGAUGGUGAUGUAAUUAGUAUGAGUCUAGAAUUUGGUAUUUUUAUUACAAUGAAUCCUGGAUAUGCGGGUCGUAAAGAAUUACCGGAGAAUUUAAAAAUACAAUUUCGUAUAGUUGCUAUGAUGGUGCCAGAUCGACAACUAAUUAUCCGUGUCAAGAUGGCUAGUUGUGGAUUUUUAGAGAAUAUCACGUUAGCCAGAAAAUUUUUUACAUUAUAUAAGUUAUGCGAGGAACAAUUAACAAAACAGGUGCAUUAUGAUUUUGGAUUACGUAAUAUUUUAUCGGUGUUGCGUUCAUUGGGGGCGACGAAACGUGUAAAUGUUAAGGAUAGCGAGAGUGUUAUUGUCAUGCGAGUGUUGCGUGACAUGAAUUUGUCCAAAUUAAUUGAUGAAGAUGAACCGCUGUUUAUGUCCAUGAUAGCCGAUCUAUUUCCAAAUCAAACCGUCGAUAAAACAGCUUAUCCACAAUUGGAAGAAACAGUCCAUGAAGAAACUGAUCUAGCUGGUAUCAUCUACCAUCCACCAUGGAUAUUAAAAAUUAUUCAACUGUAUGAAGCCCAAUGUGUACGACAUGGAAUUAUGACGCUGGGUCCUUCGGGUGCUGGGAAAACAACUUGUAUACAAAUACUAAUGCGUUCUUUAACUAAAAUUGAGGAAUAUCAUCGUGAAAUGCGUAUGAAUCCCAAAGCAAUUACUGCUGCUCAAAUGUUUGGUCGAUUAGAUGUGGCGACUAAUGAUUGGAAUGAUGGCAUAUUUUCUUCUUUGUGGAGGAAAACUAUGAAAUUAAGGAAAGAUGAACACGUUUGGCUGGUAUUAGAUGGACCUGUUGACAGUAUAUGGAUCGAAAAUUUAAAUUCAGUAUUGGACGAUAAUAAAACACUUACAUUAGCUAACGGUGAUCGUUUACUAAUGUCACCCACCGUAAAAAUAAUCUUUGAACCAGAAAACAUUGACAAUGCAUCGCCUGCAACUGUUUCACGUAAUGGAAUGGUUUAUAUGAGUUCCAGUGGUUUAGAUUGGGAACCAGUUAUUGAGGCAUGGCUAAAAACACGAUCACAAACUGAGAUUAUUCUAUUACCAUCCACAACGAAAUUACAAAAAGAGUAUCUAAAAGAACAAGCUGCAGAAAAUCCUGGCGAAGCAGUUCCGCCAACUGAAAUUCAAUUUGAAUCAGAUGUUUUUCGUAUUUUAUUUGGUCGUUCGUUUGCGAAAUUAUAUGCCUUUACUUUAGAAACGUUAACGAUGGCGAUAAAUGUAUUACAGUGUAAUGUUACAAUGCAAAGUACUAAUAUAAUAGAUGGCGUUAUAGCUCUACACUUAAUUCCACCAGUAGAUGAGGCACCAGUUUCGAAUUCUCCACGUGAUCUUGAUGAUGACGUAGAAGAAGAAGAAGAAGAAACUACACGUGUAUUGACAUCGGAACAUUUGCACAGGAUUUAUAUGUUUGCUAUAACAUGGAGUAUGGGAGCUUUAUUAGAAACGAGUGAUCGUUUUAAAUUCGAUCAAUUUUUACGCGAAAACUUACCAUUUUUAGAUAUACCACCAGCUCAACUUGAAGAUGAUCCCCAGCCAGUAAUUUUCGAUUAUUUUGUCAAUUACAAUGGUGAAUGGGAACCAUGGUCUACAUUAGUCCCUGUUUAUACAUAUCCAGAAGUUGGUACGCCAGAAUUUUCCUCAAUAUUAGUACCAAUCACCGAUAAUAUACGAAUUGAUUAUCUAAUGAAUAUUGCAUCAUGUGAGCCGGUAUCCCGACGUGUUCUACUUGUCGGCGAACAAGGUUCAGCUAAAACCGUUAUGAUGAAAUCAUUUAUGAAAAAACAAAAUGCUGAGAUAUUUUUACAUCGUUCCUUUAGUUUUUCAUCGUCUACAAGUCCAUAUCAAUUUCAAAAAAUAAUUGAAGGUUUUGUGGAGAAACGUAUCGGUAUGACAUUUGGACCACCAAAUGGUAAAAAAAUGAUCAUUUUUAUUGAUGAUAUUAAUUUACCAGAAAUUAAUGAAUGGGGUGAUCAGAUAACAAAUGAACUCGUCCGACAAACUGUGGACAUGAAAGGUUUUUAUAAUUUGGAAAAACCCGGUGAUUUUACUACCAUUGUUGAUAUCCAAUUUAUGGCAGCGAUGUGUCAACCUGGUGGAGCUCGUAACGAUAUUCCACAACGUUUAAAACGUCAAUUUACAAUAUUCAAUUGUCCAUUACCCAGCAUUCAAACAAUGGAUAAGGUAUUUGGUCUAAUUGCUGAAGGUUAUUAUAAUGCGAAACGUGGAUUUAAGCCUGUCGUCCGAGAUUUGGUCAAAAAAAUGAUAGUAGUAACACGGUUAAUGUGGCAACAAACUCGAACAAAUUUAUUGCCUACACCAGCAAAAUUUCAUUAUGUAUUUUCGUUACGUGAUUUAUCACGCUUAUGGCAAGGAUUAGUAGGAACACUGUCUAAUGUUAUCGAUUCUGAAGAAUGUUUGCUACUUUUGUGGAAACAUGAAUGUAUGCGAGUAUUUGCUGAUCGAUUUACGACUGUAGCCGAUCGUGACUGGUAUGUUGAUAAUCUUUCGACGUUAAUAGAAACCGAACUUGGACCCAGUUAUAAAGCAUUUAUCACGAAAAGAGAUCCUGUGUUUGUGGAUUUUAUGAGGGAUGCGCCGGAACCUACCGGGGAAGAAGGUGAUGCAGGUGAUGAUGCCGAGUUACCGAAAGUCUAUGAGCCGGUUGAUGAUUUAGAAGUCUUGCGUGAACGAUUAGAUAUGUUUUUAGAAGCAUUUAAUGACAUGGUCCGUGGUGCUGGCAUGGAUUUGGUAUUUUUCCCGGAUGCGAUGUUACAUAUUACCCGGAUUUCCCGUGUCAUUGGACAACCUCGUGGUAAUAUGAUGUUGGUCGGAGUGGGUGGAUCUGGGAAACAAUCUUUGACAAAAUUAGCAGCGUUUAUAGCUGGAUACAAACCAUUUCAAAUAGCUUUAACGCGUUCCUAUAACAUUUCAAAUUUCCUAGAAGAUUUAAAAAUAUUGUAUCGAUUAUGCGGUGCUUCUUGUAAAGGCACAGCAUUUAUAUUCACCGAUUUGGAUGUGAAAGAAGAAGGUUUUCUCGAAUAUUUAAACAAUGUUCUAUCAGGUGGUGUCAUCUCAAAUUUAUUUAAUCGAGACGAAGUACAAGAAAUCACCGAUGAAUUAAUACCAGUGAUGCGACGCGAGAAUCCAAAACGUGUAUUUAAUACAGAAACAAUUAUGGAUUACUUUCAGAAUAAAACGUGUAUCAAUUUACAUGCGUGCUUUUGUUUUUCACCGGUCGGAGAAAAAUUCCGUAAACGAGCAUUACGUUUUCCUUCGUUAAUAUCUGGAUGUACAUUAGAUUGGUUUCAACCGUGGCCACGUGAAGCAUUAGUUGCAUGUGCUAGACACUUCUUAUCUAGCUUUAAUAUUGAAUGUGAACCUGAAGUGAAAGUUGAGCUUGUGGAAGCUUUAGGAACAAUGCAAUAUACUGUGAUUGAUAUAUCCGCGGAAUAUUUUCAACGAUUUCGACGAGUCACUUCUGUCACAUUUAAAUCUUAUUUAAAUUUUGUGAACGGUUAUAAAAAAAUGUAUCAAAUGAAGCAGAAUGAGUUGGGCAGUGGAGCUGGAACAAUGGAUACCGGUUUAAAAAAAUUAGCGGAAGCUUCACUUUCUAUUGAAUUGAUGAAAAAAGAAUUAGCUGUAACAGAAGCAGAAUUAGAUGCAGCUACCAAAAAAGCAGCUGCAGUUUUAAGUAAUGUUACAGAACGUGCUAAAGAAGCUGAAAUUGUUAAAAAUCAAGUCAAGAAUAAAAAAGAAAAAGCUGAAAUUCUUGUUGCAACAAUAGGUAAAGAAAAAGCUUUAGCAGAACAAAAAUUAGAGUCGGCAAGACCGGCCCUGGAAGAAGCUGAGGAUGCUUUGAACACAAUAAAACCAGCGCACAUAGCCACAGUACGUAAAUUAGGACGUCCACCUCACCUAAUCAUGCGAAUUAUGGAUUGUGUAUUAAUUUUAUUUAAAUAUAAACUACAUCCAACCAUUGCGGAUGCGACUUGUUCAAGCCCAAAACCGUCAUGGGCGGAAUCAUUAAAAUUCAUGUCGUCCACAACAUUUUUACUACAAUUCCAAAAUUAUCCAAAGGAUGCCAUCAAUAGUGAAAUGGUUGAUUUACUCCAACCGUAUUUCGAUAUGGAGGAUUAUAAUAUGGAAACGGCAAAACGUGUUUGUGGCGACGUAGCCGGGUUGUUGUCAUGGACAAAAGCAAUGGCAUUUUUUUAUAAUAUCAAUAAAGAUGUGCUACCAUUAAAAGCGAAUUUAGUGUUACAAGAAGCACGCUUACAACUUGCUAUGGAUGAUUUAGCCGCUGCUGAAAAGGAGUUAGAAGAUCGUGAGAAUGCAUUGCUGGAAGUGAAACAACAGCAUGAACAAGCUGUAGCAGCGAAACAACGUCUUGUGGAUUCUGUAAAUGAAUGUUUAGGCGUUAUGAAUGCGGCUACAGCGUUAAUCAACGGUUUAGGAGGUGAAAAAGAUCGUUGGAUUGAGCAAAGUAGAGAAUUUAAGCUAAAACUAACGGUAUUGGUGGGUGACGUUUUAUUAGCGAGCGGAUUUUUAUCAUAUUGUGGUCCAUACAAUCAACAAUAUCGCUUGAGUUUAGUGGAUACCUGGAUCAAACUAAUGAAUAAACAUUCCAUACCAUAUACACCAAAUUUAAAUAUUAUUGGUAUGUUAGUCGAAGAUGCCGAGCUAGCCGAAUGGGAAUUACAAGGUUUAGCAUUGGAUGAAUCAUCUCUGCAGAAUGCUUUAGUUGUUACCAAAUCGAACUCCUAUCCAUUAUUAAUUGAUCCACAAAGUCAGGGUAAAACUUGGAUUAAGAAAAAAGAAAUGAAUAAUCGACUACAGGUUUCUACUCUUGAGCAUAGAAUGUUUAGAACGUAUUUAGAAGAUUGCCUGGGAAACGGUCGACCAUUAUUAAUCGAAGAUAUCGAUAUUGAAAUCGAUCCAGUACUUGAUAAUGUACUAGAAAAAAAUUUUAUUAAAUCUGGAACAAUUGAAAAAGUUAUGAUAGGCGAUAAAGAAUGUGACGUAAUGCCUGGUUUUAUGUUAUACAUAACUACAAAAUUACCAAAUCCUGUUUAUUCACCAGAAAUCAGUGCAAAAACAUCUAUCAUCGAUUUUGCGGUAACAAUGUGUGGUCUCGAGGAUCAAUUGUUAGGACGAAUCAUUUCAAUGGAAAAAUGUGAUUUAGAAGAGGAACGAUUCUCUUUGUUUGAAUGCGUUAUCGCUCUUCAAUUAAAAAUGAAAGAACUGCAAACAAGUUUACUGGACCGAUUAAAUUCGAUUGAAGGACCAUUAGUGGAAGAUGAAACUUUAAAAAAUAUCCUACAAACUACAAAAGAUACGUCACGGGAAUUAGAUUACAAAUUAGAAAUUUCUGCUAUAACAGACAGAAAAAUUCGUACGGCUCAAGCAGAAUUUCGAGCAGUGGCAGCACGGGGCUCAAUGUUGUACUUUUUAAUUGUUGAAAUGUCAAACGUAAAUGUUAUGUAUCAAAAUUCGUUAAAACAAUUUUUACAACUCUUCGAUAGUUCGAUAACGAAAAGUGAGAAAUCUCCCGAUACUGAAGAACGAAUUAAUAUUAUAUUAAAGUAUUUAACGCGAGAAGUAUGGCGUUAUGUUUCACGAGGACAAUACGAGCGUCAUAAAUCAUUAUUUACGUUGAUGUUAGCAAUGAAAAUUGACAUUCAACGAGGGAAAAUAACGCAUAACGAGUUUUUGGUAUUUAUAAAAGGUGGCGCCUCAUUGGAUUUAAAUGCAGUGCAGCCCAAACCAUUCAAAUGGAUAUUAGAUAUCACAUGGCUAAACUUAGUAGAAAUCAGUAAGCUAACUAUAUUUAAAGAUAUUUUACGUAAAAUUGAAAACUAUGAAAAAGAUUGGCGUGCAUGGUAUGAACAAGAGAAACCUGAAGAAUGUACUAUUCCAUGCGGAUAUAAUUCCAAAUUGGAUUUGUUUCGACGAUUAUUAUUAGUGCGGUCAUGGAGUCAAGAUCGUACACUAUCACAAGCACGACAUUAUAUAAUGGAUUCAUUAGGACCUGAAUACGGUGAUUCAAAUAUAUUGGAUUUGGAAGCAACAUGGCUAGAAUCUGAUUCACAAACACCCUUAAUAUGUAUCUUAUCAAUUGGUUCCGAUCCAUCUCCACAAAUAACAUCGUUAGCCAAAACAAAAGGUAUGCCAUUAAGUGCUAUAUCAAUGGGUCAAGGACAAGAAGUGUAUGCCAGACAAUUUAUUGAUAAUGGUUUCGCUAAUGGUGGUUGGGUACUAUUGCAAAAUGUACAUUUAUCGGUACCAUUUUGUACGGAAGUAUUGGCUAUUUUAGGAGAAGCUGAUUUUACCAAAGUCCAUGAGACUUUUCGAUUAUGGAUUACCACAGAGGUUCAUGAUCAAUUCCCAAUAAAUUUACUACAAAUGUCAAUAAAAUUCACAAACGAACCUCCACAAGGUAUUCGGGCAUCACUUCGCCGUACAUAUCAAAAUUUCGAUCAAGAAACUUUAGAUGCUUCCGUACAACCACAAUGGCCUGCCAUGUUAUAUUCUUGUGCAUUUUUACAUACAAUACUUCAAGAACGUCGUAAAUUUGGACCGUUAGGCUGGAAUAUUCCAUAUGAAUUUAAUCAAUCUGAUUUUGCGGCCAGCAUGCUUUUUGUACUUCAUCAUUUAAAUGAAAUGGAUGUUAAAAAGGGAAUCAAUUGGCCAACUGUCAGUUAUAUGUUGGGUGAAAUACAAUAUGGUGGUCGGGUCACUGAUGAUUUUGAUAAAAGAUUAUUGGUCACUUUUACACAAGUUUGGUUUUGUAAUGUAUUAUUACGGCAAGGUUUUGAAUUCUAUAAGGGUUAUAAAGUACCCAAUUUAAAAAGUUUAGAGCUUUAUAUGGAGUAUAUAAAUUCGUUACCAUCUUCCGAUUCACCAGAAAUAUUUGGUCUACACGCAAAUGCUGAUAUUACUUAUCAAAUAAAUACUGCGAAAGGUAUUUUAGAUACAAUUCUAAGUGUACAACCAAAAGAAGGAGGUGGAGGAGGGGGUUCAGCUAAAUCCAAAGAUGUAAUUGAAACGCGUGAAGAAGUUGUAUAUAAAUUAGCCGAAGAUAUGUUACAGAAAUUACCGAAACAAUAUAAUAGCUAUGAAGUAAAGAAUGCGUUACAACGUAUGGGAGCGUUUUUGCCAAUGAAUAUAUUCUUACGACAAGAAAUUGAUCGUUUCAUGCGUGUGAUUACCGAAGUGAGUACAACGCUGUCACAGCUGAAAUUGGCAAUUGAUGGUACAAUUGUUAUGUCGCAAACGUUACGUGAAUCAUUGGAUGCUAUGUUUGAUGCUCGGGUGCCUCUAAGAUGGCAAAAGGUAUCAUGGGAAUCAGCAACACUUGGUUUCUGGUAUACAGAAUUAUUGGAAAGAGAUGCACAAUUUCGUACAUGGUGUCAAAAUGGUCAACCAACAGCAUUUUGGAUGACUGGAUUUUUUAAUCCACAAGGGUUUUUAACAGCAAUGAGACAAGAAGUAACAAGAUCUCAUAAAGGAUGGGCAAUAGAUACAGUAAUAAUGCAAAAUGAAAUAACACGACAAACCAAAGAGAAUAUUACGGAACCACCAAAGGAAGGUGUUUAUGUUUAUGGUUUAUUUUUAGAAGGUGCUGGCUUUGACAGACGUUCAAGAAAAUUAAUUGAAAGUAAACCAAAGGUCUUGUAUGAACCAAUGCCAGUUGUAUAUAUUUAUGCAAUCAAUUCAACAUCAGCUGCAAAGGAUCCAAAUUUAUAUGAAUGUCCAGUAUAUCGUAAACCACAACGGACCGAUCUGAAAUAUGUUGGAUCUAUUGAUAUUGAAACUGACCAUCAUCCAAAGCAUUGGACUUUACGAGGUGUUGCUGUAUUGUGUGAUAUUAAAUAA